AUGGCCACAGAUGUUGAGUGCAAGUACCACGCCAAGGUUGAUAACAUUGACUUGUCUGCCCAUGGAGGACCUGAGGAACCAAUCAACACCUACGUGGCUAAUGCUACAGGAAAUAUGAUACAAAAUCUCAUUCCACAAGAUUUGAUUUGGACAAUCUCCUCGGUGCCGGGUGGGUAUAUGUCCUCUGAGGUCAGCACAUUCCAGACCUACAGCGAAGUCAGAGAUUCUAUGAGUGUUAGCGUUGGUCUAGAUAUAGAUUACAAGUUGUUCGCUUUCUCUGCAAGUUCAACCUAUAAAAAAAUGCAAUCUUUAAUCACCAACAGUUCAAAGUUUUUGUCGGAAGUCACGGCAUUCACCGGGGCAACUCGUGUUGAUGUUCUCCCACCUGAAAAAUUAGAGUUGGAUAGUAAUACACAAAAUUUCAUUGACAACAUGCUCACAGGGACCUACGAAAGUAACCAGCAAGCUUAUGACACUUUUGUCGAAGAGUACGGUACACAUUACUUUGCAACGGGCAAUUUUGGAGGCUAUGUCAGAAUGUUUUUUGAGGUAACGCAAGAAUACUUUUCCAGUAGAAAUGAGGUCGACAUUGAAACUAAUGCUAAAGCUUCAUACGCGCAUAUGAUAUCUGUGAGUGUUGGUGUCUCUACUUCAAACGUAAAAAUUGACGAGUCGUUCAAAUCAGGUACUAAAAAUACCGUUAAAUAUUACGGAGGCGAUACAAACUACCUCAACAUCCAAGACGGCUUUUCCAAAUGGCUUCCAACUGUAGAAAACGAUCCGUGGUUGUUCUCUGGCCAUCUAAAACCAAUUAGUAAUUUGAUAAGAAACUCUACUAAAAAGUCAUCAGUUAUACAAGCGGUUGAACGGCAUUUGAUAAGAAACUAUCUUGACGAAUUACAAUCUCUGGUCAACGCGGCUAAAAAAAGAUCCGAUAAUUUCAUAAUCAAUAAUUUUGCGAACCGUAUCAAUGAAAUAAAAAGCAGAAAAGAUGUUGCCAGAAGUAGUGUCGAUGCCUUUUCAAGUGACCUGUCUGAUUACAUGAAUGUCCCGUCAUGGUUUUUGAGCAACACAAAGAUAUGUUUGCAUUGGUCAGCAACUGGCGAUAAAAAUCAAUGUGGAGGUCCAAACGUCCAGCAAGAACUAUGUGCUAACGUUAACAAAAUGACGGACUGGUACCACGACGAGACAGAUAAACGAUCCGGUGGUUACGAAGCUCCUUAUUGGAUGCGAGCGAUUCAGAUGUGCUUCAACUGGGACUAUGAAGAUGACGUGGGACAGUGUGGUGGAGGCGCCCCACUAAAGCAAUGUGUACUGGCCAACCAAUGGACGCAGUACUACGUGGAUAAAACAGAUGAUCGAGCAGGUGGCUGGGUUAAGAGCAAGUACCACGCCAAGGCUGAUAACAUUGACUUGUCUGCCCCUGGUGGAGCUGAGGAACCAAUAAACACCUACGUGGCAAAUGCUACAGGAAAUAUGAUACAAAAUCUCCUUCCACAAGGUUUGAUUCCAGACGGAGCUCCUUAUUGGAUGCAAGCGAUUCAGAUGUGCUUCAACUGGGACUAUGAAGGUGACGUGGGACAGUGUGGUGGAGGCGCCCCACUAAAGCAAUGUGUACUGGCCAACCAAGGGACGCAGUACUACGUGGAUAACACGGAUGAUCGAGCAGGUGGCUGUAAGAUGAGCUGGGGACUACAGACAUCCUAG